AUGGCCAGAGAUCUCUCCAUCAGCGAAAUCAUCGGCAUCAUUUCCACAUCUGCCGUCUUUCUCUUGGUCAUUGCCAACCUUGUUUCCCGCCGUCGUAGAGGCCAGAUACAGGAUGGUUCUGGCCGCGCAGUCUUGAUAACGGGCUGUGACAGUGGCUUCGGACACCACCUCGCUCGGCAUCUGGACACCCAAGGGUUUGUUGUCUUUGCUGGUUGCCUGUUUCCAGAAGGUGCCGGAGCCCAGAGCCUGUCAAGAGAAAGCUCCAGCAACCUGAAGAUCCUCAAGCUGGACGUCACCAGUGAUGACGAUGUGCAGCAGGCGAAGAGGAUAGUCCAGGACAAUCUACCAGAGAAGGGCCUGUGGGCAGUUGUGAACAAUGCCGGCAUUUCUGAUUGGGCAGAGAUAGAAUGGAGCACCAUUGAAGAUUUUCGCCAUAUGGUUGAUGUCAACCUUUUUGGCUGCAUCAGGACUUCAAUUGCUUUUCUACCGAUGGUUCGAGCCUCCAAAGGGCGGAUGGUUUAUGUGUCAAGCAUCUUUGCAUUUUUCAGCUGCCUGAACAUGGGAGCCUACAGUGUGUCAAAGAGAGGACUGGAGGCAUUUGCAGAUUGCUUAAGGGUUGAAAUGGCCAGUUUUGGUGUUGAGGUCAGCAUCAUCCAGCCAGGUAAUUUUGGCCAAGCUACCAAUAUUGUGAGGAUGAAAAUGGCUCAGGACAUCUGGACAAAACUUGAUGAAGAGCACAAGCAAAUGUUCAACCAGAGUUACAUUGAGCUGGCCAAUGACUACUUCACUUCAACGUGCAAGGCCGGCUUCAAAAAUGCUGACUCGGUUGUUGAUGCGAUGGUACAUGCCAUCACAUCACCACGACCUAAAUACAGAUACCUGCUUGUCUCCACAACUGAUAUGUUUUUCUUUAAGGCCUUUCCUUAUCUUCCCACCUUUCUCGCUGAUGCUGUGUUUUCCCUCAGCCCCAUGUACAACAAAAGAAAAGCAAUGCUUUAUUCUCAGUAGAAAAACUACUUCAGUCACCAGCAAGCCUUUUAUUAUUUUAUGACUCUGGGCCAUUGCAAUAGCAUAAUGA